CCCUGAAGAUGUUGCUCUUCAUCUUGCUUUCACUCUUCAAUUUCAACCCAUCUCUGAGCCUAAAAAUCUGCUCCUUUAACGUGAGGUCUUUUGGAGAAACAAAAAUAGCCAGACCUGAAGUUGUCGAUGCCGUGGUAAAGAUCAUUUCUCGCUGUGACAUCAUGUUGCUGAUGGAAAUAAAGGAGAACAAGAACCGGGUUUGUCCUCUCCUGGUGGAGAAGCUCACCAGUCAGCUGAAGGGGCCGAAGGAGGAGUACAGCUGUGUGGUCAGCGAGAGGCUGGGAAGGAAGAGCUACAAGGAGCAGUACGCCUUCAUCUACAGGCAACACCUGGUAUCGGUGAAACAAACCUACCAGUACCCUGACACCCAGCCUGGGGAUGAGGAUGCCUUCUCCAGAGAGCCCUUUGCCGUCUGGUUCCAAUCUCCAAAAACCGCUGUCAAAGAGUUUGCUAUAAUCCCUCUGCACACCACACCGGAGACAGCAGUACGGGAGAUUGAUGAGCUCUACGAUGUGUACUUAGAUGUAAAACAGCGCUGGAAAACCGAGAACUUCAUCGUCAUGGGGGACUUUAAUGCUGGAUGUAGCUACGUUCCCCAAAAGCAGUGGAACAACAUCCGGCUGAGGACUCACUCCGAAUUUGUCUGGCUAAUUGGCGACAAAAAUGACACGACGGUGAGGAGAAGCACAAGCUGCCCAUAUGACAGGAUCGUGGUCAGCGGCCAGAAGCUUGUCCACACCAUCGUGCCACACUCUGUCAACAUCUUUGAUUUCCAGAAGGACUUUCAGAUGACUGAGGAGCAGGCGCUGGGGGUGAGCGACCACUUCCCUGUAGAGUUUGAGUUAAAAACAAGAGGCGGCUUCUUCAACUGGCUGAAAUCACAGUUUUCAAAGAGGAGGAGACCAAGAAAGAGCCACCGCUCGAGCUCAUGAGCGUGUUGAGUCCUCUCACGUGACAUGGAAAUACACGGAUGCCAACAGAUCUUGUAGAAGACUAGUGUAGACAUACAGCAAGUGCAAUAUUUAGUGGAAAAAAACCCCCAAAUAUUUUGUUAAACUUCAAAUAUUUUGGGUAAGAAGGUGAACUAAACCUUCAGGUUAUUUUCCUUAUUGUACGUGAAAAUAAAUCAGCUAGAAGCAACACACUAGACUUACAAUGUAAAGAGCUACUGCAAGGAUAAAAUACUUCUGUGUGCUUUAUCUGUAAGGGCUGACAGGCAGGGAUCUCCAUGCAUUCAUGCAGGCU